ACGUGCUUGGUUAUAGUUCCAAACAAAAAGUUCUGGGGAUUGUCGUCCCAUGAGGAUCUAAAUCAUGAUCUGGCAACAACAACAACAACAACUAGAUUGAUAGCUAGAUAGGUACCUGAAAGCUGAAAGGCUCCUACUUACCCUUCCUUUUUAAGUUAAAAAACUCAAGUAGAAGCUAAAGUCGUCCAGGUUCGGUGCACCUAAUCCGAGUCAAACUAUACUAUUUAUCGUGAAGUUUUCUUUUUAUUUUGUUUUCAUCGUUGGGUCUUCCGAAUUGAAAGGACAGAAAAGCAUAAGGAAAAAGAGAAGAAGAAAAAGCUCCGUCUCUUAUACUAUCUCUCUUGUCUUCUCCCUGUUUCAGUUGUCUACUUGUCUGAUAUAGAUGACGAUUUUGGAAGACCAGAAGGAAUCGACUUUGGUGAAUCCAAAACUAUCUCCGCCAAAUUCAUAUGGCGCCGUCGUUCUUGGUGGCACUUUUGACCGCUUGCACGACGGCCACCACCUCUUCCUCAAAUCAGCGGUGGAGCUGGCCAGGGAUCGAAUCGUGGUGGGCGUUUGUGACGGUCCCAUGUUAACCAAAAAACAGUUUGCUGAAUUGAUACAACCCAUUGAGGAAAGAAUGCGUAAUGUUGAGAAUUACAUCAAGUCUAUCAACCCAAAGCUGUUGGUGCAAGUUGAACCAAUUACAGAUCCCUAUGGACCUUCAAUCAUUGAUAAAAAUUUGGAGGCCAUCGUUGUCAGCAAGGAGACAUUACCUGGUGGAGUAUCAGUUAACAAGAAAAGAGCAGAGAGAGGCCUUUCACAGUUAAAGAUUGAGGUUGUAGAUCUAGUUUCUGAAGAAUCUGGUGAAGGCAAGCUGAGUUCAACAACGUUAAGGAAGCUUGAGGCUGAGAGGGCCAAAAACCAACAACCUGCACAAUCUUGAUAAUAAACUGAUAUGAUAUCAAUGGCUUGAAAAAAAAGCUUGGUUGUUUGCAAAAUUCUUGCAAAGAUGAAUGAUCUAAUGACAAAUUCGUUUGUAAGUUAUGUGGAACUUAAGAAGCAGGCACAGAAAGACCUGGAAGCCGAUCUUGAGAUAGAAGAAGGCCAAGGCCAACUCAACCCCGCAGAUGAAAAAAACCUCUCUCAGUUCUUCAGAGAAGUGGAAUCAAUCAAGAUCACGAUGGAAGAGAUUACCAAUCUCGUGUUUGAUCUUCAAACCCUUAAUGAAGAAACCAAGUCCAGUCACAGCGCCAAAGUUCUUCGAGGGCUGAGAGAGCGAAUGGAGGCAGACACGGUUUUUAUUCUUAGAAAAGCAAAGAUUGUCAAGACAAGGCUUGAAUCACUCGACAGAUCCAAUGUAACCAAUAGGAGAUUGUCAGAAGCGUAUAAAGAAGGGAGUUGUGUUGAUCGAACCAGGAUGUCGGUUACCAAUAGUUUGAGGGUUAAGCUUAGGCAAAUGAUGAAUGAUUUUCAGGCCUUGAGGGAAAAGAUGAUGUUGGAUCAUAAAGAAGAUCUCAAGAGAAGAUACUAUAAUGCCACUGGAGAGUUACCGAGUGAAGCCGUGCUUGAAAAGGUGGUUUCAGGCGGCGAAAAAGAUCAAUUAUUUGCAGAGAAAGUGGAAAUGGAUUUAAGGAGCAAGGAAAGGCAUGAGGCUAUGUUGGAUAUUCAGAGAAGUUUGCAAAGGCUGCAUCAGGUGUUCCUUGACAUGGCUGUUCUUGUUGAGGCACAAGGUGAAAACAUGGAUGAUAUUGAAGAACAUGUGGCCAAUGCAGGUAAUUUUGUCAGUGGUGGAACCAACAGCCUUUACUAUGCAAAUCAAAUGAAGAAGAAGAAGAAGGCAUGGGUGUAUUGGGUUUGGGCUGUUGGGCUGAUUGUCCUUCUAGUUUGCAUUAUUUCCAUGUUAGCUUCUUGAGCAGUACAAGAUCAAGCAACGUUUUGGGCACUUUUGAAGGGGUUCAAGGUCUGUAAAUUCGUUCAUCUAAUUGUCUUUGAUCAAAUUUCUUUCAGUUACUCUUCCUCACUUUUGGAAGUGACUGAGACAAUGUUUUGCGUCUUGUUGUCUGACAUUAAUGUCCAUCGACUUGCUUCGUUGAGUUGCUUUCUGUGUCUGUUCUCCUUUCUGGUUUUUGGCUCUCUUAAGAUUGAUCACUCUUCUGUAACACCUACUUAGUGGAGCACCAGAGAGGUGGGUUCAACAUUUUGAAUAAAUGUG